CACUAAUAUAAGGCGUUUAUUUAAAGCUCGUAUGGAAUGGACUAUGAUGGUGAGCAGUUGUGGUUGUUUUUAUAUGCCGUUGUGGAAUUUUUUCGUCUAAGUAUAAACUAAUAAUCACCUAUAUUUAGAGCUUACCGUCGAAGAGAAAGAAAGACUACACUUCAUUAGACAGCAAAAGACUCAGGUUAUGAAAAAUAUUGAGUCUCUUAAACUUGAACUUAAUGACAUAACAAGCCAGAUUGAAAACCUUGGUUUUUCUGUCGAUGGGGAGGACCCAUCUGUUAGACGGCUUGCGUUUGGCUGCAAGGAAUUCAAUAGGAAUCCAAAACAGGGUCUGGAAUACCUCUUCGACAAUAAUAUAAUUGGAAGGUCUCCGGAAGACGUAGCGAAAUUUUUUAUUGAUCAAAAUCACAAUUUAUCUAAGCAUGCCGUUGGCACCUAUAUUGGCGAGAUUUGUAAGGAAUUUAACAUGCAAGUUUUGGAUGCAUUCUCCAAGUUGCAUGACUUCAAGGACGAAGAGUUUUUACCGGCUCUUAGACAAUUUUUGCUUAGCUUCCAACUGCCUGGGGAGAGUCAGAAAAUUGACCGCAUUUUAACGAGUUUCUCUGAACGCUAUGUAGAACAAAAUCCUUCAGUUUUUAACUCGCCACGUAUGUUAAUAUAUUUAUGACGUUUUAUUUUUUAUUGCGUUUGUCAGUCAUCUACAGUGUAAGACCAGGUGUAUAUAUGCAUCAGUCCAAGUUGCCACACCUCAUUAGCACAACAAGAUGAACACCAAACUCAUAGUAGUUACUUCACUGGUAGUAAUAUAUAAAAGUGUAUAUAAAGGACAUGAUACAGGUAGAAAGAAUUAGUUCGUAGAAACAAAGGUAUAAAGCAAUUUCGAUCUCAUGGUUUAAAGGAAGACAAAGUGUAUACGCCUACUUCAUUGUGAUCGAUCCUGAGAAAUGGCAUCUAGAGUCUCCAACCACUGGUAACUAUAGUCGCGCGGACCCCAAACAAGUAGCUUGCAUCUACUAACAUGGUAGAGAUUUCGUCAGAUAUUAACCCAUUAUUACUUAUUUAUUUAUUUAAACACAUAAACACUGGUACAAGGAGGCACCAAGUAGAUAUGCGCCACAUAAAUCAUUCGGUGUGAGGGCUGGGAUACUACCCGAGUGCCCAAACUGAAGCAGGUAGUUUUCUUAGGGGGCCACACCCCGGGCCUUUGACCUAAAGGUCUGAUACAUAAGGCAAUGGAGCAAUGUGAGGAAAUGCAGUCCUAUGGUAUCCGUUGACCAACAAUAGGUUCGUACGCCAUUUGUUCCUUCAGGAUAUUGGAGCCCAUGUGCACCAUUUGUUUGGAAUCAGGUUUUUCAAUUCCUCUCAAUUUCAUAAACAACGGUAAUCCCGUGAGAAGGCAGUGAGUAGAACUUCCCUGUCAGUAAUUGUAUUCAGGUGUCCAUGUGAGAGCAUUUCGAGCGGGAGGGUUGACUCUCUCCACUCUCGGCCGUACCAGGGCAUUUGGAAGCACCAGACUUCCAAGAUAAGUGUUGUCGACGCGUUUGAUUACUUCACUCUCUAUCCUUAGUUCAGUUGUUGGCACUGGUCAGUCCUGAAGCAAUAAUUUCAUUUAGACGUAAAGAAACGCAUUUCAAACACCGUGGCAUCGUUGCUCAGUGUUACCAAAGGACGGCAUUUUAUCAGCGUCUUCACCAAACAGAAUUAUGUCAUCUGUGUAUUCUACGUCGAUAAGUGGACCUCCUAGAAGAUCAAUCCCCGGAAAUUCGGUUGACGAGAAAGUUAUUUCCAGCAGUAUGUCUGUCAUGAAAUUAAACAGAAAUGGACAUAAUGGACAGCAUUAACGGACACCACUUGAGGUUGCAAAACCAGAUGACAGUCUGCCAUAAGCUGCAUAUGCUAUAUUUGUUGUUAUUUGCCUUUUGGGGCCUGACCAGCUACUUUACCACAAAUUGAAGUUCUGGGAGUUGAAUAUUUUAUAUAGACUUAUAUUUUAUAACUGAAUAAAUCUGUCGAUUUUUUAACCAGAUAAAUAGAUUCUUAUUCUAUGGUAUAAGAACCACAAUUAUCACCAGGUGACUAGCGAUAAUAAUUAAGGACAGUUCUAGAUCACAUGACUUGUGCGUGGACUACAAAGGUUUUAUCGAACCUGUCAUAUAUUUUGUAUUACGUAUGACUAGCAAUCUGCACGUGUAUUACCGGAGGUUAUUUAUGUCUUAUGGUAGCACUUCCAUAUUUUUCAGAACGCUCAAUCUGUAAAAUUUGAGGUUGUACAUCUCUAUUGACUGAGACUGUCAACAUAUGUAUUACGUAUGCCCAUUCACCGCCUACCUCGAGUCCCAGUGAUUACGGGUGUUUGAUUAGAUUGCGAGGAAGCUAGUGCUUCUGAAACAAGACAUGAGAUUAGUCCACGAAACCAUUUACUGUUGAACCGAAUCCUAUCGUCAGGUGCUAACUACCUGGUUUGAGUCAACGUAAUAAUCGUAAUUUGUGGUUGGAGACUGGUUAAAAACGCUCUGAGUUGUUCACAGUAGCACCGGCGCAUUCACACUAUCUUCUUGUAGAUCCUAAGCUUCUAAAGUGCUUCGCAAAAAAUGCUUUUUAUUCCACUAAUCCAUAUUUUUUCGGAUUUUAUUUUUGCAUAAGACCUCGGUUUGCCACUAAUACGUACUAUCUCUUAAUGUUAUGUCCCCAAAUAAUAUAAAAUGACCUGCCAUUCAUUUGUCGGUAUUUAAUAAAACCUAAUCGUUUUCGGAUUUCACUUUCUUUGGAUAUAGUUCCUAUCUUGUUAUUUUAGUACAUAUUAAAUACGUUUUAUCGGAUUAAGGACUUAUGUUCUAGCACGAAUUAUAAGUUAUAUAAAUCGUCUUGUUCCCUCCAAAAUUUUAGGGACAGGUAUCAAGAGUCUCUAAGACGCACAAUAUUCGUAACUUCUGAUCAGCUUUGUAAACAAAUUCUGUAGGCAGAUUAAAAUCACCCUCCAAUAUCAUAUGUAGAAUUUUUCAUUUAGUUUCACUAUUCUGUUUCAUGAAUAAAGCAGGUUUUUCUAUGUCGCAUAUCGUAGUUUACUGAUAUUUCUUCCUGUGUAUAUUGUUUGUGUUAGUGGUUUGGCCUUAUAGUUGAGUACUGACAAAUGAAUUUCCAAAUAUUAUCACUGAUUAGUAUAUUUCUUGUGGUCGUUAUUCGUAUUUACGAGGAUUCGUUUCCAUGCAAUUGGACAUUUUAUAACUUAAACGUUUAUGAUUGUGAUGGACAACUGUGAUGGGAUCCGACUGGAUAGUUUAAAAAAUACUCAUUAUUUCGUAACUGAAAGGAGCCGCCAACAUACGAGGUUGGACGUCUGGUAUUUAUUCGGGACUACAGACCAAACAAUGAUCCCUGAGCUGAGACGUGUGGUCAGAAGGCUAGGCCAAGCCAUGUAUGAAGUAGCGGUGGGAAGAGAUAAGUGGACUCGACAUCAGAACCAGCUACGUAAACGGUUAGUCCCAGACCACCCAUCGAGAAGCAGAAAUCUCCCGCUCGAAGUUCUGUUAGACACCUUCAACUUACCCGAAGUCCCUACGGAGGAAGUACUACAACAAAUCGAAGGACGCUCUAUAAGGUGGUAAUUCCCACUUAGAAGGAAUCUAACUGUUAUUGGUCUGUUUCAUCUCUUAGUACGCUAUUUUGUGAUGUUUUCCAAGGACAUUUUUGUACUGUAUAUAUACGAAUGAGUUGUGUGCUUGUUCGUUCGUGCUUCCAACUGCUUCUCAAAUUUACAUUUCCCUCUGCUGAAUCUGGUCUUCUCCCUCAGGUUAAUAGGGCUGGGGCGCAGUGGGAUAGUUUAGUUUAUCCUGUUGUAGUGUUGCUGACUUUCAUUCUGUUCGCCGGUUUUAGGUGAUAUCGUAAUCUCUUCAAACGUAGACAAAUCAUAAUCGUCGACGUUUCACUAGUAAUUAUUAUAUAUGGGUUGGGACACUCCACAAACGCCCAAAAUGAAGCAAGUGGGGCUACACUCUGAGCUUACAACCCACAUGACAGUAGGGCAACGUUAUGUUAUGCAGUCCCAUCGGUAGCUAGUGGCUAAUAUAGCUCUGUACACCAUUGUUAUAACUGUUCGUUUGAAUGCUUAUUGUCUUUGCUCUUUUAAUGCUAAUUUUUGUAUUUGAUCGUCGCUGAUUGUUAUGUCGGAAACGCUUAUCAAUUAUACUCGGAACGAGAGACUUCUACAAUUCCCACAACGCGAAAGUAAGAACGCAAAGACUUGUAUAAGUGAUGAUUUAUUAACCCCCAAGACAUGACGAUGACUCUAGUAGGAAAUACACUCAUUUAUAUAUUGAUUGUACACCCAUUUUGAUUAAUAAUUAGGAUGAAAUCACAUAUAUAACAAAUCACAGACUGAGUAUAGUUCAUGUCAAUGGAAUAUAAGAAUAUCGCAUAUUAUACGGAAUAAAAUAUCAUACGAGAAAAGAAAAAAAUAAUACACUGAGUAAUCAUUACAUUGAACCAAAACGAAAGCAAUCUUGAACUAAACUCAUAAUGAGUAAAUCAAUCGAAAAUUGACUUUUAUUUCCAUCAUACCAAGUUUGAAAUCAGGGUUGUUCGACCACGUUAGAUAAACCCAUCGUUUCCACCAAUGUAUUUUAAGGACCGAAUGCUCCAGCUUGAGGAAGUACUUGUAUUAUCAAGUCAGGAAGCCUCAAGGGCUAGUAGGAACUCUAUGGAAACUAAGCACUUAUAAAUGAAUAAUUUCGCAGGAUGUCAAGCGAAUUUACUCGCUGUUUUGAUGAAGUCAUGCAAAUGCACACAUUGCUCAUCUACGCUUUUCGGUUGAUCAAUGAUCAGCUUUCAGCUUAGCUUAGUUUGGUAUUCACUUGCAGUUGAAAGUACAACCAACCUAAAUAAAUAACCCCAUCUUGGAUGAUAAAUUCGUUGACUAACAACACGUAAACUAGGCUUGACUCAAACCAGGAAAUGAUCAGAGUUCAUAUUGGCAAUCCAAAAGAAAAUUCAGUCGUGGAUACAUCCACGCCUUUGGUAGUCAACCUCAGUAUAAUUAAUUUACAUUCAGACUUCACAUGGAGAGAUGUCAUAUUUGUGACUAGCACCAAUUUCCUGCACAGUCAUGGUCGCUGCACUGACCGGGAAAUUCGUGUAUCUGUAUAGUUGUGUUUUGGUAGCAAUUCAAUCCAUGUAUAAUGAAAGUCCCAGCGGUUUAUGCCUAUCUUAACCAUCUUUGACCCCGUUGUGAUAAUGGUUUGAUUGUAAAGGAUUGGGUUUACAAUACAUCGAUGAAAGCAGAUCUACCAUGUGGUUGUGAAACCUGCCCACUUGAAAUUAUGGAUGUUCUUUGCAUUCGAUCGUCGUCUCUAAAGUGUUACUUGCAUCCAGCGGCAACAUUGUAUCCGUGAUAUUGUGGUUCGGCGAUGUGUUUCGGUGAAUUGGUGUCAAUUGGCAUCACCAUCUAGAACGUAUUUUAUGAAUGUCUUCUCAGCGGCUUUCAUACUGUACAUUAUUUGCUAACGCUGACACUGUUUGUGGAAAAAACAUAGGUAACCAAUCUAUAAAACAAGGUCGUUGGUUAGAAAAUAACCGUAAAUGUCUUGCAUCUAUCUAUUCACCACGACUCCUAGGUAGGGAUUCUACAAAUUAUGCGAAUUAGUGAUUUAAGACGUCAAGCAGAAUAGAAACCAGCAGCAAUUAUACUACUAUAGUUUUAUGUUACACCCUUCAUAAAAGUUCGUGAAAUUUCUCAAGUGAAAGAAGUCCUUGAUUGUAUUUUUAAUUGAACUAUAUAUCUCAACAAAUACUCUUGUUCAUUUAAUAAUUAAUUGUAAUGACCUCUAUUUCUUCAUAAUAUUAUCACUUCAUUUUUUGUUGUGUCCAUUGUACUAGAGUUUACUUGUCCUGUAAAUAAAUAAAUAAAAGUGGUGCAUUUUUCACGUAGUUUGAUGGUUAGUCACAAAACGUGGUUCAGUUCGGUUUAUUAACUUGGCCACACUAACUUAAUUAACCAUUUGGUUCUCACUUUUUAUUUCUUUCCAUAGUUUUUUACAUUAUUAUAAUUGAAUGAUGUAUUGGCUUUUUGUAUCCGCUUAUCUGUUUUUUUGUCUUCCAGACGAGGCUUAUGUACUUUCUUACGCCGUUAUUUUGUUAAAUACUACACUACAUAAUAUAAAUGCAAAAAGCCAAAAUUUAGGUUUAGCAGAAGAAAAAACAUUUGUACGUGCCAUGAUGGAAUUUGAUGAAGAAACUAACUUGUCCGAAGAUCUUGUUCGUAAAAUUUAUCGUGCUAUUAAAACUGAACCACUUCGUCCAGUUUCUGACGACUCAUCUGUAUGUGGAUCCAAUCAAAAUAAUGGAAUUCAUAAAGGAUGGUUAUGGAAACUUGGUAGGUUUUGAAGAUAUUUUUAAAAAAUGAGUCACAACAACAAUGACAGUGGUUGUAUUCACUGAUGAUAAUCAAUAUAAAAAAUUAUUUAGUUAACCUUCGUUGAUUUAUCUAGCAUCGAGAACGUGGUUGGAUAAAUAAGUAUCACCAUGGGCUGAUUUCACGUAUUAAAUUGAUUUAAAUAAACAUCCUACGUUUCAGAUGUGUAUAUUUUCUAUUUUGUUAUAGGUGGUCGGGUUAAAAGUUGGAAAAGACGAUGGUUUGUGCUAACAGAGGACAGCCUCUUAUAUUAUCUUACUCCUGACCGUUCUCGUCAAACUAAAGGUGUUAUCCCACUGGAAGGGAUCAAUAUUCGACUAAUACAUGAUAAAACAAGAGAGAAUUGUUUCGAAUUAUAUUGUCCACGAAAUCAAUUAAUUAAAUCAUGUAAAGUUGAAAGAGAAUUAGCCACAGGUAACCAUGUAGUAGUAGUAGUAGUAGUAGUAGUAGUAGUAGUAGUAGUAGUAGUAGUAGUAGUAGUAGUAGUAGUAGUAGUAGUAGUAGUAGUGGUAGUAGUAAUAUAUUUUCUGAUAUAUGUGUUCUACUGAGCUUGUAAAAAUUUAAAAUCCCAUUAGCUUAUGUGAUAUUUGAACAGGGCCUUAUUCCUAGCCAUAUCACCCGAUUUCUUUGACUAUUGGUUAUGUUCUCAUAUUUCUUCAUUAUUUCUAGUUUUUCUUAAAUAGUAACAGUAAAUAUUCGGGAACACAUCUUAUUAACUGGAAUUGGAUCAAGUUGGAAGAAACAAUCGGGAACAAGGAUACCAGUUAUUAUUGUCACUUUGUAUAAUUAACACUAGACCAAAUAAAUGACGUAAUUCCACCAAUUCUAUAAGAUUUUCGUAAGCAUAUAUGGGACUUUGUAGUUUAUCUCAACUGAUUGUUGAUUGCAACCUUAUUUUCAUAAUGCCGUCAGUCAAUUAAUUAAUAGGUUCGAUUAUUCAGCGUGGUGAAAACAUUCAAUUUAAAAAUAUCAUUAGCUUCUUGAUUAAGGUUCUACUCCACCUAUUCCAAAUUGCCAGUCAGUCAGAUAUAAUGGACGUAAGAACUGGCAUUAUCUCUGUUGGUCCAAGCUACCGCGCCGCGUCAGCACAGAAGGAGGAAACUAUCCACAUAAAUGUCAGAGUAGUAGUAGUAAGCGUAUUAGUAGUGGCAGAAAAGAAAAGGUAUAGACAGAUUUAAGGAAAGAAAAUCAAUUUGUGGAAUAAAAAGUCUAAAAUUAUUUUUGAAAAACAUGAUCUAAAGGCGAACAAACAAUGAAUACAUCUGAGUUAUUCCAACCUAUUUGUUAUCCAUAUCACUCAGUGUCACCAACUACUGCUUACGAUAACAUCACGAACCCUUAUUAAUUAGUCAGCAUUUAUCAACACUACUCAGUCCAAUAGUCAUUCACUCCAUAGAAUAUUACCACGUCUUGGCUUACCAAUUUCGGUUAUAAGCAGCAUAAGACCGACAUAGCACAUAUGUGUGUCGAUCGAAUUCACUGACAACCUAGGGGUUAACUAGGGUGUAUUAUCAUCAGCUAUUGCAAAAGGCAAAAGUAUGGUUCAACGUUGAAUAUAUGAGCUCUUUCAGACUACGUUUUCGAAUUAUUUUAAAUAAAAUAUUUGAUAGUUGAUCAGUCUAACCAAUACAGUUCAUUUGAGUUGAUUAGAUUGAUGAAAACAUAUGGUUCCUUUAAUAAAAAACAACUGUGAUGUGUCAAAAAUGUAAAGCGCAUAUGUUUAUUCAAACUUUCUAUGCGAAAAUUCAAAUGUUUUCUGAACUCGUUUUCCAGGACUGAGUUAUUAGUAAAGGAAAUCCCAACCACUACUCACGAAUUGUCCUUCUACUUAAUGUGGACACUAAGUACAAAGUGUAUAUUAUUUAGUCAUAUUUACUAUCACCUGUUAUAAACAUAUCUAAUAUAGUUUCCAACCCAUCCCAAUACGUAUAACCAUAGAUUUCCUACAUGUAUUCAUAAAGUUAGUUGUAAUCACCGGUUGCAGAUUAUUAGUUGAUAUAACUCAAAACCAGUCAUUCAAUCUUUAUCUUACCUUUUGGUUUAGAUCAUCAGUUCCAAUAUUCAUUUAUAUAUAUCUUUUCAUUCUGUCUUCUCGAACUAUAUUCAUCAUGUGUAGUUUUUCUCAUUAUAGUCACUACUAUUACUAUUCUUUCAUUUCCUUCACUAGUCAUCUCAUUAAUUUCACUUCAUCUUGGUAAUAUGGUAUAGCAACUUAAACUAACAUUUAUAUCAGGCUCUCUAUACAUGCUGAACAUGACUGGUUGGUUCAUAACAAGAAAGAACAAGAUUGUUCCAAUAAUAAUGUAAUUAGAAUUUUUUUUUCAAAAAAAGAAUAACCCAGAAAAAAAUCCCAUUUCAAUGAUCGAUUUUGACAGUAGUUAUUCAAUACGCAAUUGAUCUUUCCCAAUCAUUAAGUGAUUUUUUUUCAAUGAAUAAUGACUAAUUCAAUUCAAUUGAUUAGUUAAUUAAUCGGAAAAACGUUAAUCAGAUAUUGUAGUCAAAAGUGUAAUUAAUUUUGAUUGAUUAUAUAGAUAUAUAUUCACUAUUGUGUUUACUUCAUAUACAAAUAUUAAUCAACUAUGAAUGUUUAUUGAGUUAAUGUAUAUAUAUGUCAACAAAUACUGAUCGAAAUUUAGUCUUGCAUUAUUGACAAUAUACCAUAUUGAACAAGUCAGUGAUUAUGUGAUCUGAGGGAAGUAAAAGUUGUCAUCGAGUUCUAGUCUUAAUGUGAACAUCGAUAAUAAGAUCCAGACACAUUCAGCUAAGGAAUUUUAAAUACGACGAGAUGCAUGUUUUGAAUUCCACUGUCAGGUACUAUCCAUUUAUCCCAGUGAAUCAUUAAUUUCUUACUGUUAAUCGUUCGAUUUGGUAGUAUUGAAUAAUAACAUCAAUAUCGAUUGCAUAAUAAAGUAUAAACUCAUGACGAGGGCUGGUCUUUAUUAUAUAUAAUAAUAGAUAAUUAUCUUUUUGUAAAAUAACCCUUCAUUCUCUUAAAAAAUGAUCCUGUCAAUCAGCUGUAAAUUGGAUACUAUUUAGCUUAUAUAAAUGUAAACACCUCAUGCGGUAAAGAAUGAACAAUAAUAGACUGAUAUUUCGUGUAAAGAUUCGGGUACCUGGUAAAAAUGGCAAAUCAAUUGAUGAAGUAGUUAAACUUCAUCAGUUGAGAUGUCUGGGACCCAUGUUACGUAUGCCCAACCACUGACUGACCCAACGAGCGAUGUUCUAUAGUGUUGGAGUAGGUUGGAAGUGUUAUACUUGUGACCACCAAUUAGGGAGCAGUGAAUUAUCGAUAUUUGGAAUUUCUUAAUAAACGGAAUACACCCAUUAUGACAUUAAAUAAGAAAGAUUAGUUCGGCGAAGAGUUCUCUUCGCUGAACUAAUCUUUCUUUCUUAUUUAAUUAUCGAUCGGACCAAUGACGCACAAAACACGUGCAAGCAGUCUACAGUCCUUAUUGGUCCCGCUUCCUGACAGGCCACCCAGUUAAACCCAGAACACCAAUCUCAGCCUCUGCGAUAUAAAUUAUUUAUUUCAAGUAUACUGGGUUUAUAUACCAACCAGACAGAUCACAUCGUACCAUAAAAUACGAAACAACAUUUAUACAUGAUUUAGCCAAAAGUGGCUGUGAAUGUGGGAGGUGUUAAUUAAUAGACAGGUCAUAAUUCAAGAAUGGUAAAUCGUAUAAUAAUAGUUCAUAGUUGAAAAUAAAGUUUAUAAUAAGAGGGACAUGAAUAUGAAUAGUUUAGUUAUCUAACAAUUAUUCGAUAAAAAUAUAGGUAUAGUAUUGGUCCCAUUUAGCCUUGUUUAUUUGGAACAUAAUUUUGUUCCUGUUCAACGGUGUUCUUAUUUCGGGGACUAGUCGAGUACGAUUAUUAGUUCGUAUAGCGAAUGAUUUUAACACACUCCAAACUGAUUUCCUCAUAAAGGCAUCUUUAUCAAAAUUAUGAAUUAUUGGUGUAUCUCUUUAAAAAAUGUCUCCAAUACUUAUAUGCUGAUGUUUUUUUGUUGUAAUUUUACAGGUCAUCAGCAUACAGUAUACAGAAUGGCUGCACCUACACUUAUUGAAAGAGAUGAAUGGAUUCGUAUGUUAGAACGUGUAACACAUCGUUUAGCUGAACGUCGUAGUACACGCAGUAUCAGUGUCGAUUGUACCGGUUCUUCUAGCUCUGGUAUUAUAGGAUCAACUAGUCAUCAUCACCAUCAUUUACCACCUCCUGUAUCCUCUUUAUCGUUAAGGCGUAAUGGAGCUGGAAGUCAACCGGAUUUACCUAGUCAACAGUCUGUAUUAAAUUAAUUCAAAUAGUUGGAGUAGACACAGUAGUUACCAUUUCGCUUAAUUCUGUUGUAUAUGCUUAUUUAAUAAUGUGUUUUGGUUAUGGUGGUGGAAGUGCUUCUAUUUUCUCAUUUUAUUCACCACCCCGCCCACACAAUGCUCUUAAGAUUCAAUGUAUCAACUAUUAAUUAUGAUAAUAAUAAUAACAAACACUGUACACAAUCAAAUUACAAAACAUUUAGACGCAUACAUAUGGUUUUCUAUGUUUGUAAUUCACUAUAAGUUUUUUUGGUUUCCACAUUCCUUUUGUUUUUGUCGGUGUUUCUCUUAUUCAAUUGAAGUGUUUUAUUUGGGUUUCCUCAUAAAUAUUCACUUUGUAUUCGUUUUUGUUUGUUAUUGUAAUUGACUUCACUUCAUUUCCCCUGACUUUCAUUCUCUCUGCCUAUUUGUUUAGAAUUUUUAGUUGAUUUCAAAAGUUUAGUCCAAAGAAAAACUUAUUCAUAUAGGGGAUUCACAACAAAAAACAAAUUAAUUUUUGAUAGUUAAUCUUACAGAGAUUAUAGCUAGAUAUAGUUAUUUAUCCAUAUGAGUAGUAUGUACUUCAUAUAGACUAAAUUGACCGAUGAUCACAUGUUAGAAAGGAAGAAGACAGAUAUAUUCGGUAUAAAUUUAACAAUAUAAUUAACAUUCUUCUAGUUUUUGUAGAAAGGAAAUGUAAUAUGACUUGUUUCAUUUUGUUCUUUUCCUGAUCACAUUCUCUAUCUUCUUCUUUUAUUCCAAUCUACACUAGUCAGAUGGUUACACUAAAUUCUAGUUAUACUGUGUGUCCCUCUUUUUUUAUUUAUCUAGUAUCAACUUCUCUUAGAUGAAUACACUUCUAUAUAUUUACUGUACACAUUAGGUAAUUUUAUGUUUCACCUUGCAUAUCAAUUAUGGGUAUUAUUAUUAUUUUUAUUGUCAAUUUAUUAUCGUCAUUUAUACACAUUUAUUUAUAAUUUGUUGGUUGCGAGUAAGUAUUCGGCUUUAUUUGACUACUUAUUUAUUCGUAUUUAUUACUUACUUAUAUAUUUAUAUUGUUCUCCUACCUCUCUCUAUUACCGCUAUCUCCAUAAUUAUAUUUCAAUGUUUGUUUUCUGUUAAAUUGUCUGGUUGCUCUUUUUCCCUCCCCCCCUUGUCUCCGUUCUCUUUUGUCCUCAGGUAUCAAAUUGUAAACAAAUUCAUAGUUGUUUUUUUCUAUUGUUCUUGAUGCCUGUGUAUGUAUGUAUGCGUGUGUGUGUGCGCGCUCAAGCACUCAUUGUUUUAUGCACACAAAAGGGGAAUAGAAGUAAGAAAUGUAAUUUACACUUGUUCACAAUUGUAAAUAUAUUGCAAUAAAGCAAUCUAUUUUACUAAUCAUGCUAAACGUUUUUUUUUUUUAAAUAAAGAAAUUUACCUACUUAUUUUGAGCUUUUCAUUUCCUUUUUGACAUUAAAUCGUUGUCGGUAUUGUUUAGACGGAUUGUUUGUUUAACAUAAUUCUAUUUUAUUUUACAUAUUCAUUGAACAUUUAUAGUGUAUUAGAUUUGAUGAAGGGAUAUUUUCAGAUAGAGGUAUAUUUCCGGUUCAUAUUUUUCUAACAUAUGAUUAGAUUAAUUUUAGUUUUUAUUAUUACUGUGAAUAUUAUCGGUUUGUCGGCAAUAAUCCUUAAACCUUGACGUCCCCCAAAUGCCCUGGUACGGUCGAGAGUAAAGAGAGUCAACUCUCUUCCUCGAAACGCUAUCACAUAGACACCUGCAUACAACCACUGCCAAGGAAUUCUUACUCGCUGCCUUCUCGUGGUGGGGGGUAUUGUUUACGAAAUUGAGAAGACGAAAAGCCAUAUCCGGCGCUUUAACCGGGUUGGUGGAUAUGGAGGAUCCACCUAGAGAAGUUUGAAUACCCUGACUCCAAACCAAUGGUGCACAUGGGCUCCAGGAUCCUGAGGAAACAAAUGGCGUAUGAACCUAUUGUUGGUCACUGGCUAUUAUGUGAUUGCAUCUUCUAACGUUGGUCCACUGUCUUGUGGAUUAGACCUCUAGGCCAAAGGCUCGGUGUGUGCCCCUCUAAGAAAACCACCUGCUUCGGUUCAGGCAUGUGGCAGUAUCCUAGCCUCACACAAAUCGAAUGAUUUAUGUGGCGCAUGUCUAUUUGGUGUCUUCUUGUAUCUAUGUUUGUGUUCAAAUAAAUUAAAAAUAAUAAGUCACAUUAAUAAAUUAGUUUUUAGUUUACUGAUUAGUUUAAUUCUUAAGUUGUAUUCCUCAGUUUAAUGUCAGUGGCAGCCGAUUUAUCCUGUUACAGAACUGAUAAAUGCAAAUUGUUGACCCUGCUAGAGGUUGAACUCGGGAGCUUGAAGUGUCACAGUGAACAAUUAAUCAUUAGAACCAUUGAUUUGAAGUUCAUUGGUGUGAUUUCAAGUAUAAUUGAUUUGUGAUAUUGUGUUGACGAUUAUUUUAUGUCAUCGGAAAUAAUUGUCUCAAUCCUAACUUGUCUAAACUCUGUCAGUUAUAAUUUCUCUGUAGAACUUUAGAUCACUCUUCAAGUAAGUCACCAGUAAGCUAACUAUCAUAGUUUAUUCAUUAAAAGUGUCAGAGUAGCGUUAGAACUGAUCAAUCACUCAGGAUAAACUGAUUUGCCUUACUUACUUACUUACGUACGCACGCCUGUUACUCCCAAUGGAGCAUAGGCCGCCGACCAGCAUUCUCCAAUCCACUCUGUCCUGGGCCUUCUUUUCUAGUUCCAUCCAAUUCUUGUUCAUUCCUCUCAUGUCUGUUUCCAUUUCCCGGAGUAAUGUAUUCUUUGGUCUUCCUCUUUUCCUUUGACCUUGAGGAUUCCAUGUGAGAGCUUGUCUUGUGAAGCAGUUGAGUGCUUUCCUCAAUGUGUGUCCUAUCCAUUUCCAGCGCUUCUUCCUGAUUUCGUCCUCUGCUGAGAUCUGGUUUAUUCUCUCCCACAGUACGUUGUUGCUAAUAGUGUCCGGCCAACGGAUCUGAAGUAUUUUGCGUAGACAACUGUUAAUAAACACCUAUAUUUUCUGGAUGAUGGCUUUCGUAGUUCUCCAUGUUUCUGCCCCAUACAGUAGAACUGUCUUGACAUUUGUAUUGAAAAUCCUGACCUUGGUGUUGGUUGACAGAGAGUUGCUUUGAGUUCCAUAUGUUCCUCAGUUGUAAACAUGCUGCUCUUGCUUUGCCGAUCCGCGCCUCCAUAUCUGCAUCAGAUCCACCCUGUCCGCCUGAAGUCCCUCCGGAGGCUACUGCCGGUCCCAAGCCCGGAUAAAGGAGGAGGGUUGGGCAUGGGGUUAGCGUCCCCAUCCCGUAGAAAAAUAACUCACUAAAAAAACGCUAAUCAGCAAAAAUAAUUCAAACUGAUUUGCCACUUUGAUAAAAUUCACUUCUUUUUAAAAAAUAAAUCUGUUAGAUGAUCUGUGUUCACAGAAAAAAAGUAUUACAAAAACUUUAAAUUUAGCUUUUGAUCUAUUCUAUGCUCAAACUCGCCUACAAACUAACACUUUUAAUCAAUCCAAGUUACUAGUUUAAUUCUAUUUACUAAAUAUCACUUACAGCUGGUGCCUAUUUAUAUGUUGUCAAAUAAUACUGGUUGUGAAUAAUUCAGUAACUCAUAUUUCCUUACUACACCUUGCAUUUUAUUAUGAUACAAAUCCAGAGUAUUGAAGCAUUUGCAAGACCCUGACAAAUAUGAUCAUUGUAUUACUACUAAACAAAUGAAAUCAAGUACAAGCAGAAAUUAUUCUAUCUGGAUUGAUUUCGUUCUUUCUAGGGUCAUUUUAUGUCUUGCUCUUUUUUCCCAACUCAAUUCCUACAAUCAUUUUUAAAUAAAUCAGAUUUUAUGACGAUAACUAAAUCGUUGUGUUAAAAAACACCCACGUAUAAGUGACAGAAAUCGGAAGUAGUUAUUUUUUCCAUCAUAAAUUUUAUUGUUAAGUAUUUCUUGUCAGAUUCUGAUGACGACACGAAAUUUAUUAGACUUUUGCCUGUGUUGAUGAUAUUCAACUAUGUUCCUUAGAUGCUUUACUCUACAAGGCUGUUAAUACUGUGAACCUCUUUCAGGCUUAUAAAAAUGGUUAUCAUUUAGUGAAUAAAUCUGUUCAUAAUCUGUGACUCGUAACUACAUUUUGUGUGUUCCAUCGUACUAAUGAUAACAACGUUCAUUUGUUUACUAGUGACUAAUCUUGAAGGAACAUUCCCGGAAUUCCGGUGAAAAGUCAUAACUAGUGGAGUUCAGUCUUGUUGGGAGUGAGAUAAAUUUUACUAAUGGAAAUUAGUGGUUACAAAUAAAUAUAGGAUGUAAACCGUGGGAUGGGCUUACUGAGUGCUUAAGAGGUUAACCAAAGUCUCAAAGUUGUUGUUAUAACUUGUGGCCUGUGUACCCUGUUAAUGUAUAACGUGAUGAUACCGCCAAUUAGAGAGCAGUGAAUUAUCGAUCGGACCAAUGACGCAUAAAACAAGUGCGAUCAGUCUAGAGUACUUAUCGGUCCCGCUUCCUAACCAGCCCAGCCAGUAAAGUCCAGAACACCAAUCUCAGCCUCUGCGAUAUAAAUUAUUUAUUUCAAGUAUACUGGGUUUAUAUACCAACCAGACAGACCACAUCGUACCAUAAAAUACGAAACAAUUAUACAUGAUUUAGCCAAAAGUGGCUGUGAAUGUGGGAGGUAUUAAUUAAUAGACAGGUCAUAAUUCAAGAAUGGUAAAUCGUAUGACAAUAGUUCAUCGGUGAAAAUAAAACCCCCAAAUGCUCUCACAUGGCCACGCGUAUAUAGCCUCUGCUAGGGAAGUCCUACUCACUGCCUUCUCGUGGUGGGGGUGUCGUUUACAAAAAUGAGAGGACGAAAAGCGACUGUCCGGCUCUUUAGCCGGAUUCCAAAUCAAUGUUGAACAUGGGCUCCAGUAUCCUGCAGGAAAAAAUGGCGUGUGAACCAUUUGCUGGUCACCAGCUUCCAUGGGACUCCAUCUCCUUACGAUGCUCCACUUCCUUAUGGAUCAGACCUUCAGGUCGAGGGCUCGGGGUGUGGCCCCCUAAGAAGACCACAUGCUUCGGUUUGGGCACCCGUACAGUAUCACAACCCUCACACAUAUCGAAUGAGAUUUGUGUGGCGCAUACGUAUUUGGUGCCUCCUUGUACCAGCAUCUGUGUUAAAAUAAAAUAAAAUAAAAAAAAGCUUAUAAUAAGCGGGACACGAAUAUGAACAGUUUUGUUAUUUGACAGUUAUACGAUAAAAAUAUGUUUCUUUGUGCUUAAACCUCACCAUCCGUUCUUUGCUUUAUAUAGCUAGUUAGUUUUACUAUUAAUACUGUAUAGUUCAAAGUCAACUGUGUGUAAGUACUUGCACAUAUCCCAUCUUUUUCAUUGUCUUCUCUAGGUGUGACUAGUUUUCAAUUACUUACUUCCCCUCAGUUGAGAUGAUAUGUUAUAAGAUUUUAAUUCAUUCAAUAAAUUUUCAUUGUCUAUUCAUGGCUAUUCAUUUUCCUCAAACUUCAGUUAAUGAUAUUCUCAUGAUUGAUAUGUAUGUGUUGCCUUUUUUUUGUUUUCACUAGUUCACCGACAAUCAAAACUUCUUUUAUUUAUCUGUAUUUGUUUGAAUUUUCUCGUUGCUGAUUUUAAGGACUGAAUUAGGAUUAGUCUGACGAUUUAAACACGAGCCAUUGGCUAUCAGGACUUAAUAGGUCAGUAGAUAACGCUUUCGGGGUUUUAAAAGAAAGAUACAGAGUUCAAAUCCGAAUGUGAAUAUCAACGCUAAAGGAGAUAUAUUUAACUGAUAAGUCUCAGGUAGUACAAGACGCUCUUCCAGAAUCUUAUUAUUAGCAUAUUCAGAUCACUUGUACAUCUCAAUUAUAUUUGUGUUGCACUAUUACAGUCAAUAUGAACUUGUACACAUUAUGAACUUUUGUCCUAAAUUAAAGUAUGAUUCUUAUCAUAAUGUUUUUGUUAGAUUAUACGGUAAUCAAUUUUUCACAUCAUUCAAAAGGUGUUAUAUAUUGAAGUAGACCGAUGUUUUUAACUUUAGUGCUUAAACGGAUUAAUUUUUACAACUUAGUUUCUCGUAUAAAAAUGUUUGUUAAAAUACAGAUUAAAUCAUGACAAAUUGAUUUCUCUUUAGUUUACUAUAAGUGAUAAAUAUUAAUUAGACCAAACUUACUAAAUUGAUUUCACAAACAUAAUGCUACUGUAUACACGAAGUUUUAUAGAUUAGUAAUAAAACUAGCAGUUUUGAUGAGAAUAGAAUUUAGCACACAUGGGAAGAAACUACGUCUGGAAGCCCUCUGGGGCUACUGCCGGUCCCAAUCCCGGAUAAAUGAGGAGGGUUUGGCAUGGGGUUGGCAACCCCAUCCCGUAGAAAAUCAACUCGCUCAAAAAUGCUAACACACGGAAAGAAGCUGUCAGUUGUCUAAAAGCACUCCCAGGGUAGUUUUUGUUUACUUUUAACUUUUCUAUUACAAAUCAUAACUAACAAUAUUUAAAACAAAUUUAUUUAGAUUGUGUUUACUGAGGAUGUGAAAUAAUUGGAUGUUAAAAGAUAAUAUAAUAGAUUGUCACUGAUCAUUUCAUCGCUAAAAAUUCAUGCUAUACCAUUCAGUCAUAAUCAGCGUUGAGUCUUGCACAUAUGUGGAUUAGCUCAAGUUACCAUAUCUCAGUUGCACAACGAGAUGAAAUUAACAAACCAAAUGAAUCGAAAAAAUUCAGUGGCAAAGAAAAUGAAAGGCUGAAUAAUGAGAACAAAAUUCUAAAAAAAUAUGUAAAAAGGAAUACUGCAAUUGAAGAUCUAGAUCAUGGAGUUAAAUAUAUCUGUAAUUAGUUCUGAUCUACUUUACCCGUCUCCAACCAUUGUUAACGAUUAUCGAGUGUAUCUCACUAUUUAGUUAAAAUGAAUAAAUUAUUUGAUUGCAUGAUCUGUGCAGUUAACAUAUAAUAUUGAUCUUAUUCAAAGAUGGAUAUAAUAAUGGUUCCAUUAAGAGUUAAUAAAACACGAAAAAUAACUUAAUUCAUUUUACAAUUCUAUAACUGAUAUAUUUACUAAUAUCUUUUCUAAUCUUCUACAAGGAUGAUAUUGUUUACUGUGGAUAUAGCUCAGAAUGUAGUCACUAUUUCACAGAUAAGUGAUUAAGUGCAUUAUAAAUCUUACUGUUCAUAUGGAAAGGCUCAAUAUAGGAGUUUAUGAAAAACUUUCAUUAGAAUCAAUGUAAGCUAACUAACCAGGUAUCGUCAAAUCUGUGAUAACUAUAUUCUCCAAAAUACAAAUACCAAUCAGUUGACUGUUGCUUCUGUGUUCUCUGCUUUAUAUCUAAUAGUAACUCAGUCUUUCGAUAAAGACUUCUGACAGUGAUAUUAAACUGUUCCAUUAACAUUAAAAACUAAUUAUAAUAAUUCAUUAUUAUUGUUCUCAGUUAAUAUUUUGACUGGAGGUUCUAGCCUAGUUGUAUACAUAACAAAUUCUGAAUUUCUCAUAACUUUUUUUGUUUUAAUUUCAGCAGUUUCUAUUUUCUUACUGAAUUAUAUCUUUAAUUUCUAAGUCUUCCUAUUACUAAUGAUGCUGUUAUAACCUCCUUAUUUAUCUAAACACACAAACAUUGGUGCAAGGAAACAUUAGACAGAUAUGUG